CCACGCCGCUCGAUAAAACGUUUUGCUCUUUUGAGACCCCUCCUGUAGAGAUGCUUACUGGCUCAAGUCUAGUGGCAGCAGCCUCAGUAACACGUCCCCUUGGAGACUAGCAGGAGCAACACGUGAUGCGUCUUACUUAUCAGGUUUAGGGGAGAGGAUAGAGCAGCGCUUUGGGGACGGCCAGAGAGGAAAGCGAAAUAAGUGUUUUCCUCUCGUCUCUCAACUCUUUCUUCCUCUUUAGGAAUUUGGAAGAAAGAGAGGGGAACAAAGUUGUCUAACUUUGCACAUCCUCAGUAACGCCAUUUUGAUUCCUCUCCGGAACAACUUUGCAGCUUCUUUUUUUUUCUUAGCCCCUCAUCACCAUCAUCAGUAUGUCUCGGCGCAAGCAGCCCAACCCCAACAAAGUCGAACUGUGAUCAGUGGUUGCUGACACUCGAGGUGGGCAGGCAGGCCGUCGUCUCCUCCCCAGCCCUGAGCUCCGAGCCCAGACACCUUUUUUCCCUGGUCUCUCGACGGGUAUGAGCUAUGUGCAUGGCAUGCUAUCAUACCAUAUCAACCCUCGCUUUAUCUUUCUGUGCCUUUGUCGAGAAGAGGAGUCCUUUUUUCUCAAUUCUUGGUCUCACACACCCCACCUCCACACCUGUGUAGUGAUGGAGAGCACCACAGAGGACACGCGUCCGGGGGGAGGAGUGAGCGCCGAGCUGAGCGCUGGAGAGACCGACCACUCUGAGAAGCAGGAGACCCCUGACUGCACACACACACAGGACAAACACACAGGGAGUAACGGAGCGAUGGAGGAAGAGGAGGAGGAAGGCGCGGCUGGAGAAAAUGGAGAGAAUAUGACAGAGGAGGAAGGCGUGGACUUGUCAUCCAUCAACACCAUGUUGUCGACGGUGAUGAAUGCAGGCCAGCUCAACGGAGCCCUGGAGCCUUCCACACCCUCCACCCCCAUCAGCAAGACCACCCUGCCCAGACCCCCUAGUGUCAACCGCAACGCCCGGAGGAACACCACGGAAGCCAAAGACUUCAGUACAGAUUUCAUCUGUCCCCUGUGUGACAAGGACUGUAUGACCCAGCACCAGCUCACUAUGCACAUCCGACAGCACAACUCGGACAACGGGGCGACGGACCACUCAUGCAGCAUCUGUGGCAAGGCCCUGAGCUCAGCCAGCUCGCUGGACCGCCACAUGCUAGUGCACAGCGGAGAGAGGCCAUACAAGUGCUCCUUCUGCGGACAGACUUUCACCACCAACGGCAACAUGCACAGACAUAUGAAGAUCCAUGACAAAGACCCGGCUGGCGUCGUUCCCAUCAGCCCCCCCUUGCCCACCAAGAGACGCCGCCCCUCCGCCAAGAGGAGGUCAGCCAUGGACGAGAACAAGGAGCGAAGUGAGGAACCGGCCAAAAAAAAGGUGCUAGAGGAGAGUGUGUUGGAGGAGUUGGGUUCAGGCCAGGGGGAUGAUGAGGUGUUGCCGUGCCCUAUCUGCUUCAAGACCUUUGGCUGCAAGUACGACCUGGAAGUCCACAUGGACACACACCCCGACACCACGCUCAGGUGUGACCUGUGCUGCCUCUCCUUCCGGACCCACCGCGGCCUGCUGCGGCACAACGCUGGCAUCCACAAGCAGCUGCCCACGGACCCCGGCGGACGACCCUUCAUCCAGAACAACCCCUCCAUCCCCUCUGGCUUCAACGACCUGGCCUUCAUUGACUUCUCCUGCCACAAGUUUCCCCACAUCGCCCAGGUCUGGUGUGAGACCAACCUCCGCCGGUGCACCAGCAAGUUCCACCGCUUCGUGUGUGAAGCCUGCGACAAAGGAUUCCCCUUGCUCUCGGCCCUGGUCCUGCACAAGACCACCAUUCAUCAGCAGCAGCCGUCACCCACAGGGGGCGCCCAGGAGCCCCCCGCGGCCCAGGAGAAGCCGGUAACCCCGGCCCCUCAGCAGGCCAGCUUCCUGGAGACCCUGGGUCUGCAGCACAUCUCCCAGGUCAAGCUUCAGCCUUCGGAGGAUGAGGUCCGGCAAGCCCAGCUGGACAGCAUCCGGGUCAUCCAGGUUGAGCCUCUGGCCUCCACCCUGCCCCAGGAGGUGGAUUCCGCGGCUGCGGGAUCCCUCGGCGGCCUGGGCUUGGUGGCGGCCUCGUCCCUGCAGGGCCUGUCCCAGAGGGAGGCCCUCAGCCUGCUCUCCCUGCAGCCCUUCCCCACAGGUUUCCUCUUCCGCCCAGGUGGUGGUACUGCGGUCAAGCCUGUGUGUGGCGAGGCUGGCCUGAUGGAGCUGGCUGACAUCCAGCAGAUCCUGAAGGUGGCCUCGACCGCCCCCGGUCAGAUGGGCCUCCUGCCGUCCCUGGCCAAGGCUCCCCACUGGGGAGUGUCCGGCCAGGGCCAGGCGGCUGGCUGCAAGCACAUGCCCCCACUGAAGCCAAAGCCCAUGGUGGCACCACGCUCCAGCCUGGCUGCCUCCACGCUGCCGCCGCUCCAGAGCACCCAGCAGGCCUCCCUGGGCUGCAUCAGCCCCAGCCUGCCCCCGCCGGCCAGCCAGCUGCUCAAUAUGCCCCAAGAGUCUUCGUCAUCGUCCUCCUCUUCCUCGGGCAGCCAAGCCUCCCUGGAGAAGAUGCAGAUGGAGGCGGACUUCAUGGGCAACGCCCAUAUGCCCAACGACUCGACAGAGCUGCAAAUCAAACAAGAGGAGGGCCAGGCGGCCGGAGGGAAGAAGGGGGCAGGGGGUUCCAACCGCGGCGGCGUCAAGGCCUCCUACCCCUGCCGCUUUUGCGAUCAGGUGUUUGUUUAUUCCGGGGUGCUGCAGGCGCACAUGCGCUUCCACCUGGGCAUCCUGCCGCACCAGUGCAACAUCUGCGACUACGUGGCGCCCGACAAGGCCACCCUUAUCCGCCACCUGCGCACGCACAGCGGCGAGCGCCCCUACGUUUGCCGCGUCUGCCACUACCCUUUCACCGUCAAGGCCAACUGCGAGCGCCACCUGCGCAAGAAGCACAUGAAGAACACAAGGAAAGAGAUCGAGAAGAACAUCAAGUACGUCUCGUCGACCACCACCCAGGAUCCCUUGGAGCUGGCCUCCGCCGGCGACACCGCCUGCCGUUUCUGUGGUGAGGAUCUAAAGAGCUACCGGGCUCUCCAGAUCCACCUACGCACCCACAACGGCUGCCAGCGCAAGCCCUUUGAGUGCCGGCGGUGCGGGGCGGCUUUCCUGGCCAAGAGGAACUGCAUCCACCACAUGCUCAAGCAGCACCCCGAGGUGCAGGAGCGGGAGAUCGAGGAGCACAUUGCCACCCUUCUCCCCGCCAUCACAGCCACCACCUCCAGGGCCAGCUCCAGCAGCCCUCUGGCUCUCAACGGCCUUACGCCCACCCCCAGUGCCACCGUGCAGCCGGUCAAGGUGGAGGAUUUCAGCAUCUACUCCUCCUCCGGUGACUUGGAUCAGCCAUUGGACUUCUCCAACAAGAGCCGCAGGGGGGGUGGGACCAGCAGCAGUUCAGGGAGCCUAGCCGGUUCUCCUGGGAUCAAACUGGAGACGGUCAGCCUGGUAGCCUACGACAGCUCCAUGGAACCUAUUGACCUGUCCAUCCCCAAGAACCCCAACAAGAGGCUGAAGAGAGACGCCACCGCUGUUGACCCGAUGGGCGUGGAGCGCCAAGAGAUCAAAAAGGAGCUGCCCUUCCCCAGUGUACUGGACCACCUCCCCUCAGCCCUUCAGCUGGACAAGAGCUAUGAGGAGAAUCUGAAGACCCCCCAGUCUGGCUCUUACCAGCUCCCCCCAGUGACCAUCUCCCCGCUUCUCAUUAGUACCCCUACUGCCACAGGCCGGGCGCUCCGUCUCAAGCCCCUGCUGCCCAAACCGACCUCUUCUUCCUCCUCCCUGAAAGAGCUUCCCCCUCUGGCUUCCAUCGCCCAGAUCAUCUCCUCCGUCUCAACGGCUCCAGAUUUGCUCAAGAGGGAGCCCACGCCGGAUAACAAGGCUGGCGCCGGCCUCAACGGCCUCCAGACAGAACCUGAGCGUUUAGUUGGGGGCUACAACAGCUCUGAAGCCUCGAUGGAAGAGCUCCCCCUAGAGGGCUUGUCCAGAAAGCGCACUAGGAAGAAGCCAGCGAGCCAGGCCAAGACUAUAGCACCUGCCCGUGUGCCCACGCCCGAGGAAAACACAGACAGCGGCAUGGACCUGGAGUCCAGUGGGGAGUUUGCCAGCGUGGAGAAGAUGCUAGCCACCACCGACGCUAACAAGUUCAGCACCUACCUGCGGACGGGUGCGGUGGAUCUUGGAAGGAGGGACGAGGGGAGACAGAGCCAGGGAGAGGAGAAAGAGGAGAAAGAGUCGCCUCCUCAGCCUGUGCCGCCCCAGUCCAAAGGAGGGAAGAAGAAUGCCUACUCCAACUCGGUGCAGAAGAUGAUCUGUCCCUUCUGCCCCCGGGUCUUCCCCUGGGCCAGCUCCCUGCAGAGGCACAUGCUCACACACACUGUCUUCUCUAAUGUGCUGUCGGCUACAGGUCAGAAGCCCUUCCCCUGUCCCAAAUGUGACGCCUUCUUCUCCACCAAGUCCAACUGUGAGCGUCACCUGCUGCGCAAGCAUGGCGUGACCAACCACUCGCUGCGCCGCAACGGCCAAAUGUCCAAGAACAAGGAUGGCGACGAGGGUUCACACGACAGCGCAGAGAGCUCUGAGAAUGAGCAGACUGCAGGAGAGGCUCUGGACCUGAGCAGCAUGGACCCCGAUCAGAAAAGCUCUGCAUCCGAGUCGCCCAGCGCAGACCAAACACCAGACACUGCUGAGCUGCUGCUAGGGGAGAUGGAACCGCAACCCAACAACCACAUUGAAAAUGACGACAACGACGAUUCGCAGAGCAACAAGAGCUUGGACCUCAACUUUGCCAGCAAGCUCAUCGACUUCAAGUUCUCGUCAGAAGGCCAGCAGCCCCAGACCUCCCUGGUUGGAGAUAAGGUGGUGGCGGUGGCCGAGCCAGAUAGAGUGACGGCCACCCAGCAGCAGGACCAAGAGCCCUCCAAGUACACCUGCAAGAGCUGCAAGAAAAACUUCCGUUAUGCCGCCACCCUGGCUCGCCACGAGAAGGCACACUUGUGUGAGACUGCACCCCCCGAAGAGUCUUGUGGAACAGAGGAGACUGGGCCUGCCCCAGAGGAUCUCCCCAACACUACUACAACCACCGCCGAGGAGGAGGAUCAGGAGGAGGGAGAGAAGGAGGCUCCGGAAAGCGAGGGAGUGGGCAGCGUGAUGGACAGUGGUUCAGAGGAGGAGGAGAAGAAGGAGGAGAGAAGUGACGAGGAGGGGGCAGCAGAACCAAAGAAUGAAGGAGAGGCAGGCAGAGGGUCGGGGAGCAAGGCGGACAAGAGGAAGAAGAUCUGUAACGUGUGCAGCAAACGCUUCUGGUCACUGCAGGAUCUGACAAGACACAUGCGUUCGCACACAGGUGAGAGGCCCUACAAGUGCCAGACGUGCGAGCGCACCUUCACCCUGAAGCACAGCCUGGUGAGGCACCAGCGGAUCCACCUGAAGCCACGGGGCAGCGAGGGGGCAGAUGGAGCUGAUGCCAACGGGGCAGAGGCCCCGGCCGGAGACUCAGCUAGUGAGGAGGGAGAGUGCACCCCCACCAGCACCUGCCCCCCUUCAGAAAACGAGAGCGAAGGCACCGGAGGGGCCAGGGAGGAGGGAGGCGAGGGAACUGAGAAAGAGGCCCCUCUGCCAGGCCCCACAUCCCUGGCCCAGUCCCUGUCCACCACUGAACCAGCCCAGUCAGAGUCAGCUACAGAGGCCAUAGCUGAGCCGCUCGUUGAGCCAGUCUCGGAAGCAGUCUCUGAAUCAGUUCCUGACCCAUCUGUAGAACAAACCUCAGACGGACCCUCUGAAACAGAUGUAGAACUAGACGCUGAGGUAUCAGCCUCUGAAAUGGCUAGAGAAACAGAUGGCAAUGCAGCCACUCAAACGCCAACAGAAACCCCCAAAGAAUCUUCCACAGAGUCCCCAGCCCCACAGCCCACUACCCCAGAGAAAGACCCCGAUGGCCCCUCGGAAGGCUUCAUCCAAGGCCUACUGGAGAUCCACACCAAGCCUUCCCUGGAGCACAUCCUUCCCGCUGGCGAGGCUCCCUUGGUGGACGUUGAGUGAGGGAGGCACCCUCCUUCCUACCCCCAGUCUCUGGUUCUCUUUAUGCAGUGGACCGCUGUAUGUGCCGCAGUGCCAUAAGAUAGAAGUACUCCUAAAGAAUGCAAGAUGAUGAAAUCAAGAAGAAACACCUUGUUUCUAAGUGCCUUACUACUUCUAUUUUGUUAGUUUUUUUGCUAUAUCUUUAUCUACAUUUAUCUACCGAGGAUCUAAUUUUUUAUAGCGUUUUAUGAUGAUUACAUAAUUGUUUUUGGAUUCUAUGAGAUGAACUUUGAAUAAGCAAUAAAUGAAAUCAAAUUUACCAUGA